UUGGCUCGAGCGCAGCUUUGGGUGAGCCGGGACAGAUCAAGACAGCAAGGGCUACAGACAGACAGUCAGGGAGUGUGACGUGCAGCAAGUUAACCGGGUCACAGUCCUCUCUGUUCCUUCCCAGCAAGAUGACAGACGUGGAGCUGAUGAAGAGGAUGUUACGGGCGGUGCUGACAGCCAAUAAGAACGGGCCCGGGGUGUCUUUGUCUCGCCUCCAGUCUGAGUACAAGGCUCUGACCGGUGAACAGAUCCCUCAUAAACAGAUGGGUCAUGCCAGUCUGGACGCCCUGCUGCACAGCAUGCCCAGCGUGGUCCGUAUGGAACGCAACCGCUCUGGGGAGAUGGUGUGUUUCGCCUCGGUCUCCGGUGAGACGGCCCACGUUGCCAAACUGGUGGCCAAACAGCGUACCUCCAAGAAGACUGGACGACCCCAAAUUGUCAGCUGUCAGAUGAGGGUCAAACCGACGGCCCCUGUCGUCCUCAACGCCAAGCCCAGAACCUCUCUGAGACAGCCAGACCACAGGGUCCGAGGAGGAGGUGGGGGCGGCCGAGGGUCGGGAGGCCAGCAUGGAGACUUCAGACAGCGGAUGGACAUGAGGGACACCCAAUCAGAGGGAAAGAGCAAUCAGAGCUCCAACCAGAACAAACCAACCAAUCAGAACACCCCUACUACCAGGAAGUCCUCUGUGCCCUCUGAGAGGUCAGACAAAAGGAUGACCCUGCCGUCACGGUUCCAGAACGAAGUGCACGCUCACCUCUCCAGGAACACCCAGAGCAACCCUCCCACAAACCUCAACGGAAAUGCCGGCUCUGGGAAGCCCAAGCCACAUCACUACCCCAAGGACUACAACCCCUCAUCCGGUGGGAACUACAACCCCCAGCAGGUGCAGGGGCGUAUCAGAGAGGUGCUGAACAAGUACAGUAAUGGUUUCUGGGUGUCCAAGCUGCCUCAGCUCUACAGAGAACUGUACAAACAGGACCUGCCUAGUGAAGCAAUCAAAGACUUGGAGCACUGGAGACACAUCUGCACCGUAGAGAAACCAUGCAGUAGCAACCCCAAUGAGUUACUCCUCUACCCAGCUAAGGAACCAACACAAACGCAGACCCCAUCCCCUAUCCCUACCAGAGUCCUAUCCCACACCUCCACCCCCUUCACCCCAUCCAUGGACAUCAAGCCCCAGUCAAAGUCCCCUAUCACCCCCACUACCACCACCAUGAGCCCCCUCCCACUCACUCCCCCCUCCUCCUCCCCCAGUCCUCCGGCCUCCCCCUCCAACCUCUCUCCCGACCUCAAACAAAAACUGGGAGAGCUUCUAGUCAAAUACAGCAACGGUCUAUGGGUCCACGCCUUACCCAAACUCUACUUGGACACGUACAAGACCAAAUUCCCCGAACACGUCCUGGAGAAUCUCUCGCUGCUCUCCGACUUCUGCACCAUCGACUACCCCAUGCCGGACAACCCCAAACGUGCCAUUCUGUACAAGAGGACCAGGGAUGACGAAAACCGCAACAGGAGGGAGUCAGUGGAGGAGCGCAGGGCCAGAGAGGAGGUGGGGAGGAGGCUCAGCACCCAGACUGUACCUCCUCUUCUCAUACCCCCAAAGGAGUACCCCUCUGUUUUGGUGGGGGAGGCUACUAAUACCAAUGGAGUCAUACUCAGGUACAUAGGAGAGGGCUACUCCCAGGCGCAGGAGGCUCUGGAGGACAAGAUGAGAGAAUUCUACUGUUGCCAGGACAACAACACCCGUACUGGUGACUACAACAGUCGUACACCCCUGACCUCCCUAACCUCGGGUCAGCUGGCUGCCGUCAGGGCGGAGGACGAGGAGAUACUACGAGCACAAGUCACAGAGGUCAUGGCCGACAAGGUCAAGGUUUACUAUGUGGAUCACGGGUUUUCGGAAGUCAUCAGCAAGGCCAAUGUGUUUGAGCUGCAUGAUACGUUUUUCAAGCUGCCUUUCCAGGCCACGAAGUGUCAAUUGGCUGGUCUGGAGCCUUUCUGCCAGGAGCCUGCUGUCCUGAAAAAGUUUGAGUCCAUGGCCAGCGGCAAGAUCCUGUUGGCUGAGAUCCUAGAGAGAGAGCAGACCCCAUUGGUGGUCCUGUACGACACGUCGCAGGAUGAUGAUGUUAACAUCAACGCUGCAUGUAUCAAAGCCCUGCAGGACAAGACUCUGGCCAGCCCCCUACAGGUGAACAGUGCCUAUAUGAACGUGGCUGUGAGAAGUGUGUGUUCAGACGGGACAAUCUACUGUCAGCUCCCGUCUCUAGGUCUGGCCAAACUCACUGAGAUCCUGGAGAAGGCUGAGGCAUACUUCCACUCACAGGUGACAUCAGAGUUCCUGGUGUCCAGACCGUUCUGUGGGAAAGUCUGUUUGGCACGCUACAAAGGCAAAUGGUCUCGUGUGGAGAUCACUAACCUCCAUGGUAGUUGUGUGUUGGACAUCCUCUUCAUAGACCUGGGCGUGCAGGCCUCGGUGGAGGUGUUUGAGCUGAGGGAAGUCCCACCUCCUUUCCUACGGGACCUGAUUGCCAUCCCUCCACAGGCGGUGAAGUGUUGUCUGGCUGAGCUGACUGUGAGUGGUGUGGGUUCCUGGACUCCAGACGCUGUUCAGUGGCUCCGAGACGCCGUGCUCAGCUCUACAGACUGCAGCAUGAAGAUCGCCAAGCUGGACAAGACCAAACACAGUGUAGUCCAUGUCUACCUGUUCACCGACAAGAACUUCCAAGACCCCGCGAGGAGUCUCAACCGUCAAAUGGUCGCCUCGGAUCUCUUCAAACACAGAGGGGAUGUCUUCCUCAGGAGCCACAGCCCUUCCAAGACCUCCACCUGUACCUCCACUGCCACCCUCACCUCCACCCCCAAGACCUCCACAACCACCCCCACGCCCAGCUCCAACGGGACCAAGCCCCAGCUGAGACACGCCCACUCGGGCUCGGCACCGAGGCCGACGGGGAGUACAAGCACCCCUCCUGGGACUCCCCCACCUCCCUCAUCCACCACACCACACAAGCUGCCCCUGCUGCUGGAACUCCCCCCUGCAGGUCAUAACAUGGAUAUCUAUGUGUCGGUGGCGUGUCAUCCGGGCCACUUCGUACUGCAACCUUGGAGAGAUAUGUACAAGCUGGUGGUUCUGAUGGGAGAGAUGAUCCUGCACUAUAACAAAACAGAGGCGAAGCCUCUCAAAGGGGAGAAGAACCAGAUAUAUGCUGCCAAAGUGGAGAACAAUUGGCACCGUGUGCUGGUGAAGGGGGUGUUGACCAACGGUCAGGUGUCGGUCUAUGAACUGGACUAUGGUAAACAUGAGCUGGUCAGCAGCACACAGCUCCGCCCCCUCAUACAGGAAUUCCGACAGCUACCAUUCCAGGGCAUCACCGCACAACUCGCAGGAGUGAAGCCGAGGCAGUGGUCGGAGGAGGCUUCCAUCGUGUUCCGGAACCAUGUGGAGAAGAAGCCGCUGGUGGCCCAGCUAGAGGCCGUACAGGAAGCGGAUCACCCCUGGGACAGGAAAUUGACUGUCUUCCUGGUCGACACCUCGCAGGAGGAGAGGGACAUCUGGGUUCAUGACAUCAUGGCCGAGUUCGCUGACGAACUCACCAAAGAAGGGUAGUUGGAUAAACCCUGCAUCUAGAGUGCUGGGUAUGGCAGGAACAACUAGGUAGGUAUAUCCAAAACAAAUGUAAAAAAAACAUUUGUUUUGGAUACCUAAGUGUAGUUGAAUGCCGGACGUUGCUACGGACGUUGCUAUGAGAAACCAGAACGCUUGUUGCCAUUACAAUGGGAGACUGUUGGAAGGAGGGAGACUUGUGACUUGGACUUGUCGUGUUGUGCUUGAGAGUGGGGUGACACAGUGACAGUGAAGAACACUUGCUCGCAGUAUGGCAUGGCGUUUUGAUCAAAGCUCAAUAAUAUCACCAUCGUGCUGACUUCCCUAAAAGCUUUGCCACACAGAGGCGUUGUGAUAUGGGAUGGGUUUCCCAAAGCCUUCGCUCAUAUGGUACUUUUUUUUUCCUCGACUCAAGCCACUCGUAGAACAGCAAAGUCCUACAUUUGACAAAUAUCGCUCCUUGACGGUCAAAAAUGUCGCUCCUUUACUGGGUUGUAGAGAGAGAUAAUGUACAACAUUAGCUACAAAGGAUUUGGGAAACACAUUACAGUGUUUACAUAUUGAAUCUCUAGUUCUAUACAAAUUAGGGAAAUCAAUGUGUACAGUGGGGAAAACAAGUAUUUAG